UCGCGGGAUUCGCAUCUGCAAAACCAUACUUUCAUAACUAACUUCACAACCCAGUUCCAAGGCUAAAGCCAAAACUUGUCUCCAGUCAUUUUCAUUUUGUGCGAGAGCCGAUUAAACUCCAAUGGCGUUGAACAACAGUGUCAGAUCUGCCUCCAAGUUAUUAUCCGCUGCUGAUUCUUGUUUCUUUAAGUCAGUGAACAGAGGCUUCCACUCAACAGGAGCAAAGAGGAUGGGAGGAGGUCAUGCACAUGGCCAUGAUGAACCAUUCUACCUUCAUGCAAAGCACAUGUACAACUUGGACAGAAUGAAACAUCAGAAGAUUAAAAUGCCUCUUGCUGUCUUUACUGUCUUCAGCAUUGGUGUCAUUGUCCCUAUCUACGCUGUCAUUUUCCAGCAGAAAAAGGCUGCUUCUGCUUAAGUCAUUAUGCCUUGGUGCAAUAAUAGGAAGAAAUUUGGAAUGCAUUUCUUGGGGCUAUUGGUGUUCCUAAGUUGUGUUCUUUUUGGUUAUUUUUGCUGUUAGUUUUCAAUGUUUAAUUUUUUAACACUUGUUUUUCAUAAUAAUAUCGUACAGUAACAAAUCGAUUCAAAUGAAUUGUGGUUUCUAUUGCUUUGCUUUCUUUAA